CAUCCGUACAUGCAUAAUGUAUAUGUAAGUAAGGUGACUUAAAAUUUCGCGGGCUAAAAAUUAAAAUUUAAAAAAUUUCUUAUAUUCUCGCCACAUGUAGCAGACGAGUAUCAUAUAUGGUAUUUGUUCACCUAAUGCCAGCUUAAAAUAGCUUAAAAUAAAUAGAACAGGCAAAUCUAUAUAUAUUUUUUUCAAUUUCUUAGUGUCGUUCGGAAUAACAUUCCUUCGUUAUCUCGACAAGGGCCCUCUUCUACAUCAAUGUUAUACUAAAAAGUUAGAUAUACGGAAAUGGAUAAUCAACGGUCAUCAGAUAUCCGAAAUAUUUACAUAUUUCAUUACCCACCUUCCUGACAAUUGAACUUUAUGCAUUGAAGGCAUUCUGAUAUUUUCUAUGGACAAAUUCCAUUCACUCAAUCCAUAUAAAAUAAGAUCCGUUUAAUAAAAAAAGCAUAUCUGAACCAUAAAACAAUUAAAUUUACUUUCGCUGUAAAAAAAUAUUGAAUCACUUGAUUCGCCCACUUUACUACAAUCCCAAUUGUUGCUUGCACACAGCAUAACAUUUAUGAACCCUCCCAAGUGCAAAAGCAUACAGCUUAUUCAAGAGCAUCUCAAAUUAUAACGGUUUUACCUUUCUGUUCCAGCUAUUCGAAAUUAAUAAAUCAAAAACUCUGCACAAAGGUAGCAAUUAAUAUAUGAUCGAAUAAGGAAAUUAUUAUUUGUAUUCGAAUUAGUACUUUAGAGUUUGGGCGCAAAUUACGUUUAUAUAAUCCACGAUACGUAGUUGUUGUCCAAUAUCAAUCCGCGCUGUACGUACAAGUAUACGUGCACCAUAUGCAUACAUAUCUUCACUUACACACAAUUCGUGAAUACGUAACUAUGACCAGCAUAAUUUUGACUAAAACAGGAUAGUUGUCCCUCGCCCGCAUAUUUAUCGCUAUCUAACUUGCAUGAACAACUAGUAUUAAUGGAAAACAGUGUGUGCACUUAACGAUUUUGAACGAAUUUUCACCAAACCUCUUUUUUUUAUAGUUUGAAAUAUUCCAAGAUACAUGACAGGAUUAAUCGUGAAAAAGCGUGUUUUCAUUUUCAAAUCGCACGCUUUUAAAGCAGGUGGUAAAAUAUUUUUAAGCUUUAAGCGAUAAUUAUUGCAUUGAUCUGCGCCUAGUCAACUCAUACUUAUUUCCAACAUGUUGAAACUUAUUUUACUUAUGGCCAUGGGUUUGGGUGCUAUGUAUAUGGUACACUUGCUUGCACAGGACUACAACAAAAUUCGGCAACCGGUCGCUGCUGCCGCUCGAGCAAUUGUAAGUGCUAGCAAUCUGAUAACUCGUGCGAAGCGAGAUACUUAUGAAGAUAAUGUCAAUGUUUAUAAUUUGUUACACCCAACUGUCGUAAAUGUGACAAACACAACUACUCUCAAUAUUGACUGGAAAAUAAUUUUGUCACGAGAUCCAUUUGAAUGCCUGCAAUCGCUGAUAUGCCAACUAAUGUCAGGUGCAGACACUCAUUCUCGCGAGGCCAAGCUGUUAAUGGAAUUUCUCGAAAAAACGGUAGACUUGGCCCCGGUGGAAGUGCGAUUUGCCUUUAGUAGAGGAUUAGACCUGCAUGGUUCAACCGAAACCUGCUACAAUGUAUAUCCAUUCUGCAUAUAUUCUGCGAAAACUAUGUUAAGAGUUUUAAGAUGGUUUGCGGAGUCGCCGAUAGAAGACAACCCUUAACUUAAGUUAUAACGAAAAGAAAUUUCACUUUCAUAAGCUAAUUUCUAAACGAUUUCAUUAAUAUUUUUUUGUUGACGCAAAUACGUACAUACAAUAAUAUACUUUAAAUAUCAAAUUGAAAGAAAAAAAAAAUAUAUAUACAUAUAUAUUGCGCUUUACCCUUAUUUAUAUUUUAUUUUAUGUAUGUAUUUAAACCUGGCUAUUAGAGUGUUUAACUUAUAUUGUUUUAAAUGUCUUGAAACAAAUCUCAUGCCAUUUUUCGCAUGUUGCUUUGGUGACUUCAAGUGCACUUGUGCAGCAGUUUAGUAUGAAUUUAAACCUUAACGGAUUUCUUAGUUUAUUACAGUUUUAUUUUCAGUAUUGGUACAUAUGCAUAUCAAAAUAAUUCUUGUUGUUUUUUAUUACAUUUUAUUUGUGCUUAAAUUGAAUUGUUGUAUUAAUGUAGAUUUUUACUUCAUUUUGAUCGAAAACUUUUAAAGCUCAGCCAUACACCCUCAUUCCUUGCUGACAUUAACCACAUCGCUUGUUUGAGGUAUGCCUCACUAUUGUCGAUUUAAAAUUUUCGGGAAAAUAUUUCUUGAAGAAACUAGAGGUAACACAAUUCCCAUGAUUUACAAUACAAAGCAAUUAUGCAUAGUAAAAAGCUUCCAACGUUAAGUUUGGUUGACAUUUUUUUCGAAUAUUUUGUAUAAGAAAAAUAAUAUUUUUAAUAAGCUACAAUGGAUCAGUAACACAAGUAUAUUUGAGACAGUUUUACUAAUGGAAAUACCUGAAUAUAUGUCCGGCUAGCGAUUGUUUUGUGCGAUUACAACGAAAAUCAUAAAAACUAUAUCUAUUACAUGCUUUUUAUGGCUACUUGAUACAGUUCAGAAGAUUACCAUUAUCUACUGAUAUAAGUAAAAAAAUUAAUACAAUAAAAACAUGAGUAUAUUAUUGGUUUAGUAUAAA